AUGCCUCGUCGGAGGCGUCCUGCUCGUCCAGGCGCUCUUGCAGAUCUAGCCCCAAAACGAAUAUUCGCCCAGAUCGUCAUCCUUCAACUACUAUACUAUGCCGUCGCAGCUGCCUUGAUCUUAUUCACCACCGUCGUCGCAGGCAGAGACGUCACUGCAGACCUUCUCCUCAGCUGGCGUACUGUCCGAAGCGAUGUCACUACUGGAUGGAUGCUCGGUCUCUGCUGGAUGAUGGACAGUCUGAUCUGUGUCAUCUUCCUGCUGCUCUUCAUUGCCCGAUCCAAACUCGUUCCAGACUUCGCCAUCACCAUCCACGUCAUCAAUCUCGUCGUCACUACCUUUUACACUAAAGAGUUGCCAACUCAGCUCUUCUGGUGGGGUCUACAGUUGUGCAGCACUGCCCUCAUGGUCUUCCUCGGCGUCUGGGCUUGCCAAUGGAGAGAGCUGAAGCCCAUAUCCUUUGGAGGGAAGCCAAAACAAUCCGCUACGAACACCGACCCAGCUGCUGUUGAGGAGGGCGCUAGUUAUGCAAGAGAAGGCAGAGGUACUGGGAGUGAUGGAGCUGGAGCAUACGAGAUGGUGGGCAUGUCUGGGAGAGACCAUGCUGCAUGA